UUAAGAGUUUCCAACGGCUAGUUUUUGAAGUUCCCUUCUCUGAAACUAUGGUUCUAAAACCACUCCACAAUCCUCAAUAUUUCAUCAAACCAAAACCGAUAAGAACGGAAGAACCAAUUCCUCUUCUUUGUCAGCAUACUGAUACUAGGAUUAGAGUUCCUGAUCUGGGUUUUCUAGAAUGGGGAAGGAGAAGCUAAUGGAGCAGAUAUUCCAGUUGAAGCUCACAUCGAAAUCGUUGGUUAGGCAAGCGAAGAAGUGUGAGCAGGAAGAGAAAACAGAGAAGGCCAAAGUAAAGAAAGCGAUUGAGAAGGGCAACAUGGAUGGCGCAAGGAUCUAUGCUCAAAACGCGAUCAGAAAGCGCAAUGAACAGCUCAACUAUCUGCGCCUCGCAUCCCGCCUCGACGCUGUAGUAGCACGACUCGGGAGCCAGAGCAACUUGCAGACAGUUGGGAAGUCGAUGAGCGGAAUAGUGAAGUCACUUGAAGGGGCGCUUUCUGUUGGGAACAUGGAGAAGAUGUCUCAGACCAUGGAUCGAUUUGAAAAGGGUUUUGUAAACAUGGAGGUGCAGGCUAGCUUCAUGGAGAAGUCAAUGGCGGGCACCACAACUCUGUCUACUCCUGAAGAGGAGGUGGGGUCCUUGAUGCAGCAAGUAGCUGAUGAUUACGGGUUGGAGGUAUCUCUGAAACUCCCACAGGCCGGGAAUAAAGCAGUUGUGCUGAAGGAGAAAGGAGCAGUAGUUUCCGAGGAGGAGCUGAAUAGGAGACUGGCAGACUUGAAAGCCAAAGGCUAAUCUCUCUUUUUCUCUAUCAUCAAAUGAUCAAAUAUGAGUAUGACCAUGUUUGAGUUGUUUCUAAGUUUGUUAGUAUCUUUAGAAUGGAUUAGCAAAUUAGCAAUCAAAAAUUCUUUUUUAUAAAGCAAUUUUAUUC